UUGCCGUUGUCGUAAGGACGCCGGCUAUAUGAAGAUUUGCGUACGGGGCUUCCCGGUGGACCUCUAUCUUUGGUAGCCAUUGCCUGAUGCGCUUAUAUGUUUUUGAUGAAUUUGCAAAGGGAAAAGAAGAGUAGGAGUUUAUAUAAGGUGAAAACCGUAGGGAAGCACAACAGUUGUAUGACUCAAAAUUGUUGUAGUAAAUAAGAGCUUUUAUGAGAAGUGACAGAAGAGUCAGAGAAGACGAAAAUUGUCGUGGUUACGAACCAAGAAGGUGUAGGCGAUGGGUGAAACUUUAGUUCAUAGAGUUGAGACAUGAUUUUGGUCUAAGUGUGUGAUUCUUGUUUCUAAAUCAUAAAAAGAAGUUUCAUGACAUCAUGUCCGAAACAUCGUGGUCUAAUGGUAAGGACAAGCUUCUUUUUCGAGUUCGAACCUGCUAAAAUGAAGUACCUCACAAUUGUCUCUAGACACUACAUAUGGGCUUUUGCUUUCGGCCAAUUGUUAGUUUGGGCCUGAAAUUUACUCUUGAAUCUUAAAAAAAAAAAUUACAACAUUAUAUUAUGCUAAAUUUUAAUAUUAAUGUUUAAAGAUAGAUAAUGAUUUUUAUCUUCUAGAUAUCAUUUUAUCCACCUCUCGUUUGUAUGGACGUGGAUACAAGUUUUGAGAUUAAGAAAAUCUGGUUUAAGUCCACCUGGCCUUACAAUAAACAAUGUCAAAUCUUAUUAGAUUGAGUUUUUAAUUUUUACACCCAAUAAAUUAGCAAAAUUACGUGUGAUGUAUUGGUAUCUUAUGUGCGUGUGAGCAUAUAUAUAUAUAUAUAACCUAUAAACACAUAUCUUAUCUCACCAGUCACCAUCUUCCUCCUCUUCUUUCCCUCUCUUAAGGACGAAGAAGAAAUCUGAAGAAGGCAAAAGGUUCGAGGGAGAUGGCGACGGCGACGGAAAACAACAGAGCGGACGACAUCGUAUGUUCUCAGGAACGAGAGUCUACCUGUGGUGCAAACAAAUAUGGAGGUCUUGUGCCAAAGAAAAAGCCUCUCAUUUCGCAGCCCAAACGUGCCUUUUUUGAUUCUGCAGACUGGGUUCUGCACAAGCAACAAGCAAGUGCAGAUGAGAGAACUUUAGAGGCAAUAGAAAGCUUAAGACCCAAACUAGUGAGGACGCCUCACAAGCAACUUCCCCCAAGGGGACCUACCUUUUUAACUGGACAAGAGAAUCUGACAUAUUCGAGCUUUUAGGGCAAACAGGCGUGGAAAUGGAGAGUGGUUGGUUUGGUGUUAGCCUACUCGCGUGCUUCAUGUUUCCAUAAAAUAAAACUUUUAUUCAGAAUAAAUGUAUAACUGCUUGAUCGUUUCUUUAAAUGGUUCAGACAAUCGUUGCUGCUUCUUUGUUUUUCUUUCCUAAUAUAUAAACCUUGUUUGGGGGCA